UUCUGGCACUAACGAGAGCGUACCGAUCGUGAGGAGCAGGGCAAGCGGCCGAGGCGCUGCCGUCGGUGGCCGCCAGCGUCACUCCCGCUCACCGGGAAAUGGUAAAUGGGCGGAUAGUAUUUGGGCCGCCCACCAGUGUAGUAUUUGGGCCGAUACGAAUGGGCUCUAUUUGGGCCAUUUCAAACCCAACAAGUCGAACACGAAGUGAUUCGUGUUUAGGAAUGUAUUAUAGCGAGCGAGUAAAAUUGACUUGAAAUCGGCACAUUUAAGUAGAAGCCACGUCACAGACGAAUGAGCAUAAUGGUUCGUGACGUCAUUACGCGGACCAGAUUUGGUAGUUUCGUGGGCGCGUGUACGUUGGUCGGACAGUCGCAGCAGCAAAAAGUCCCGCCGGCCCAUCGCCCGCCACGGACCGCCUCCUCGCGCGCUAUACCGCCGUCGCCGGCGCUUCCCCUCCCCCGUGCGCUGCCGCUCGCCGGUUGGUUUUAGUAGUUCCUUAAGUUUUCUGGUUGAUGAAGAAGAUACAACACUUACAAAUUAUGAGCUUGUUUGUUUCAUGCUUGUUUCUUAGAAAGAGUCGAGUUAGAUGGAAUGAAGCAAACUUGGAUGAGAUUGAAGCAAAUAAACCAGUGAGGCAGAAAAUAACAGAGCCUAAGACACCUUAUCACCCUAUGAUCGAAGAUGAUGGUGCUGUAUCACCGAGACUUGCUUUCAACGAAUGCUUGGAUAAUUCUGCUCAUGCUGAAGCUCUUAUGACUGCUUUGAAUGAUGUAGCAUCUUCAAGCAGAAGCCCUAACGGGGAUUGGACAUCUUCUGAAGAUGAAACUGAUGCCAUGGAGCAAGAUGAUGAUUCUGAAGUGGAUGUUGCAAGGUUGAGUUUCACGGAGCACCGGAAGGCUCACUAUGAUGAAUUCCAUAAGGUCAAAGAACUCUUGCGAGCGAAGUCCCUUGUUGAUGAGGAUGAAGAAGACAACAGUGGCGGGGAAACUGGCAAAGAGAUCGGUGAUUCAACGUCGGAUGAAGUGAGGGGACCCGAAUCUGGUGAAGCUCAAAAUUCCACACCCAACAAAUAAAAUAAGGGAACUACGUCCCCCAUGUGAUGCAGCCCACCGGUGAAUAAUUUCCAAUAAGAAGACAUCCGAGCCAUUUGCUUCGAUCAUUGAUUUCUGCUUAAAUGAAAAAAAAGCACGUAUCGUGAUCACAUGGCUUGUGGUUAUCCGACUUUUAGUGCAAAAUCUUUGAUUCUCUAAUCCAUCUUACUUUAUGUGAUGCCAAGUCUGAUCUACCUUUCUCUCCACAGCAUCUUUUGACUGUAUUUGUACUACGGUUGUUCCAUGUUUUCUCACCUCCCUUUUUCCUGGCAGUGUUUCUGGAGAGCUGUAAAUCUUCAUUACAAACUGUGUAAACGGUUGAAUUCUGUGGUUUCUUUCACUCGA